AUGACACCUUAUCAGGCUUUGUAUGCUCAAGAGCCUCCUGUGCAUUUGCCUUAUAUGGCUGGAGAAUCUGUGGUAGCCUCGGUGGACAGGAGUUUACAACAACAGGAAACAGCCAUUAAGACGCUUAAAUUUCAUUUACAACGUGCUCAACAAAGGAUGAAGAAUCAGGCUGAUAAAAAGAGGACUGAUCGUGAAUUUAAUAUUGGAGAUUGGGUUAGAGGCUGUCAAAAAUUGGCUCCAAAGUGGUUCGGAUCAUUUUUAAUUGUUAAAAAGGUGGGAAAGGUAGCUUAUAAGCUGCAGCUACCCAAUGGUUCCAAAGUGCAUCCUGUUUUUCAUGUGUCCCAAUUGAAAAAGCACAUUGGUACAGAGGUUUAUCAGCCAGAGCUUCCUGUGAUUGGAUCUGAUGGAGCUAUUAGUAAGGAACCACUACGAAUUCUGGAACGAAGAAUGGUCAAAAGGGGUAAUAGGGCUGUGACGGAAAUGCUGGUAGAAUGGACUAAUUCUUUUCCUGAAGAUGCUACUUGGGAAGUUUUGUAUCAACUGCAACACCAAUUUCCAUCCUUCAAUCCUUGA